AUGGUGGAGGCCAACAAAACAUCCUUCGUUGACAAGGAUGCAUCAAAAUCGGCCACUCGAAUCACAGAGAAUGGGAAUGGCGCUACGACGACGACUUCGUCGGCCACCAGCAGCCCGGCUUCCGGCGCUGCGAGUCCGAGUCCGCCACCGAUAGCGAUCCUCAAAGAAGCGAAAUUUGGGGGCUUCAACCAUAUUUCACAUGGGGAUAGGAGGAAACGCUUGGACGCGCCGCCUCCGCUUCCAUUCGAUCUCCGAGAUCACGUAUUCUCAAUAUCAAUAUUCACCUUGCUGGCCCUUGCAGAGUGUUGUUUCGUUCCUAUCGGGUUGUAUUAUGGGUUGACGUAUGGUACAACUCUGAGGCCGGGCCUCGUUUUCGCUGUCAUUACCAGCCUUUUCGGAUUUGUGAGCGGCUACGAGUUUGGCAUGCGCUCGUGGCGCAUCAUGCGAUAUGGCGACGGCUACAGACCCUUGUAUGGCAGUCAAUUCUUCCGGGGGUUUGACGCGACCCAAUAUGUGCUGUUGACUCCAUUCACGGUGAUGACAAUUAUUUUGAUCAUAUUCAGCAUUCCUCACAAUCCGUCGGUCAAAGCAUUGGCUCUGCCAAUGCCCGUUGGCAUGAUCAAUCUGGGGCUGAUCUUCAUCCUCAACGGCAUAGCCGCCGAGCGUCGCUGGAGAUUGAUGCAUUUCAGACUCAGCUCCCACGUCAGAAACACGGUCUGUCCUCCCCUCACAUUCGUCUUCAUGGAAGAUGUGUGUGCGGUCGACGGAAAAGGCGGAAAGAAGUAUAGGAAGGCAGCCAUGGCUCGGUACAAUGCCUCUCCUCAGUUUCGAGCCUUGCUCCUCCACAUGCUUUGGUUCUGGUCCAUUUCUGCUACAGUCGUUGGCGCCGGCUUGAUUGCAGUGAUAUGGCUUGUUAGCAAUGAUGUUGCUUAUGGUGUUGGGUGGGGUGUGCCGUCGGUGUGGGCUCUGCUCUGGACGUGGUUGACGAUCAUCUGGGUGCAGAGGGCGCUUCGCAUUGAGAAAGCUACCUGGGUAACAGGCCAGGAGUACUCGGCGUGA